ACGAAACACUCUCUAUCUCUCGCUAUUUCUCGCUUGUUCUCUUUGCUCUGAGUCCGAGCUCCAAAACCCUUCUCCAAUGUCGACGUUCUCGAAUGAUUCCUCUGAGGACGGCUCGGCUCUUCUUCUUCUUCUUCCUCCAACGCCGCCUUGGACGCCGAGGUGGUGCCCUCGUUGGCGCCGAGAGCUGGGGACAGCGGAGGAGGUGACCUGGCUGCCCGGGAGAUUGCGUGUUCAUUCUCGUUGUUCCGGUGUUGGUGGGGAGUCCAUUAAGAAGCUCUACCAGGAGACCCGUGCCGGUAUUCGCGUCCUUGAAGGCUCCGUUGGCUCCCCUGAUCGUAUCUUACUGUGCAUGGGGAAACGAUGUAGGAACCCGAUAUCAGUCUGGAAUUUACUUGUACACCCCUACCCCUGAGUUGGAGAAAAUGACCAACUCUGGAGAGACAUUGGAAGGUCCUGAACAGGAAGAUUGUCACGGAAAUUCUCCCGGGAAAAAAAAUUUUACAGAGCCAAAGAACACCAUCAGCAGUUGCUAGAGAAAGAUGACCGUUUGAGUUUGAAGCAAUCAGCGUAGAAGGGAUGUAAUGAUCCAAUUCAAUGUUAUGGUUGAAGAAUCUAUGUAUCACAAGCAUCUUCAACCAUGAAUUCAUUCAUAUUAUGUAG